AUGUCGGCUUCGACCUCCCCAUCCGAAAAGGCUGGUGCUGCCGACUUCAGGCAUCAAGUCACCCAGUCUUUCGAGGCAGAUGCACAGAAUCUGGCAACAGAAACGGACAAAAUCGACCAGCUGGUCUCCAUCCAGAGCUUUGCCCUCAAGUUCAUCAAGGAUGCCGCUCGUCAAGCUUCCGAAUAUGAAGAAGGGCUGAAUAGUCUCUGGCACAUGUUCUGUAUUACUGCUCAGAAUCUUCAGCCGGAAGACUCAUUCCAGGAUAGCCUUGUCUUCCUUCUGCUAUGGACCAAAGAGUACGACUCUCUUUACAGACAACUUCAUCCAAAUGAGGUUGCUAAUGGAUCUUGGGAAGAGUAUGGCUUUGCUAGGGAAUUGCAAUCAUCUUGGGAACGGCUCUCGACGCACAAAAAUGUUUCCAAAAUGUGCAACUUGGCGAUGUUUUCGGCCAAGUGCUUUGCGAUUGGAGUGAGCGACGAUAUUGAGCGAACUGCUCAAUGGGUUAUGCGGAACGCUCUCGAGACUGAAGAAGAUACCGAUAGCUUGGUCUACCUUCCUUCUGCCGCCAUUCUGGUGCAAAAUUGUGCCUUCAAGCUGUUCUCUUUGCGGUUGAUGAGAUUGCAGGGAACACAUUCUCCGGAGGAGGAUGGCCCAGCCUCGGCCCAGAAAGCGGGCAUACACGAGGUUAGAUUUUCUCAGUCGAGAUGGCUCUACUGGCGGCGUCGGUUCCAAGAGAUUGGCCGCCAUCAUGACCCGAUCGUGGCCGCACAGGCUAAAAAAGGUUUCAUGGCCAUGAUAUCGUGUGGGCGGCUGUUGGAUCUAUCCGUCCUUGGCGAACUCAGAUUCGAAAAGCACCUUCAACAGGCCAUGUGGGAGGAGCUCAAGAGAAGCGGCAAAGAUAGCGUGGAUGGAGAUGAGAUCAACAUCAAUCUUGAUUGGGUUGAUGUCGACGCUGAGUACGAGCCACAACAAGACUAG